AUUUACAAGGUGACAAGUGAAAUCGGUGAAAAUAAUUUUUACUUGUUAUUAUUUAGAAAGGUAUUUUAUUAAAAGGCUAAAAUGUCUUUCUUUGGAGUAGGAAAUCCAUUUGCCACACCGGUUGGCCAAAAAAUCGAACAAGCUACAGAUGGAUCCCUUCCUUCAGAAAAUUGGGCCCUUAAUAUGGAAAUAUGUGAUAUUAUAAACACUAGUGCAGAUGGACCUAAGGAUGCCAUUAAGGCAAUUAGAAAAAGACUGACCCAAAGUGCUGGGAAGAACUACACAAUUGUUAUGUACAGUUUAACUGUCCUGGAGAGCUGUGUUAAAAAUUGUGGAAGACCUUUCCAUGUUCUUGUGUGCAAUAAGGAGUUUAUAUCUGAGUUGGUAAAAUUAAUUGGCCCAAAAAAUGACCCACCCACGGUUGUACAAGAAAAGGUUUUGAGCCUCAUACAAUGCUGGGCGGACGCUUUUCAAAAUCAACCGGAAUUGCAGGGAGUAGUACAAGUGUACAACGAAUUACGGACCAAGGGUGUUGAAUUUCCUAUGACCGACUUGGACGCUAUGGCACCUAUAUUUACGCCGCAACGGAGUGUUCCUGACGGUGGCGAGCCAAUGGCUGGCUCUCCUCAGCGUAACAUCUUGGCGCCGAGCUCUCCCAUUCGAAUGCCGCUUGAAAAUAGUACUGGCACGGUGACCCUAUCAGAGAGUCAGACAAGCAAGCUACGGGCCGAUCUAUCCGUGGUUGAGGGCAACAUGACAGUUAUGAAUGACAUGUUGAACGAACUGACAGCACAGCCUUACACGCAGCAUCACGAAUCUGACAUACAAUUGCUGGAUGAGUUGGCAGACACACUCCGUGCGAUGCAAAGUCGUGUUGCUGAAUUAGUGGGGCGUGUAUCCGACGAGUGCCCUUUGACAGCUCAACUAUUGCUAACUAACGACCAGUUACACAACUUACUCCUGAGACACUCUCGCCUAACCAGCAACCGAAACGCAGCUACAGGUGUUGCCACGCCAUCGGCCAUUCUCGGUGCCGCCAUGGGAGUUCCUGGGACUGUAUCACCCCCCAAGAAAGAGGAGGAGGACGCACUCAUCGAUCUUAGUGACGAUGUUCCUGAUAUUGCUAAAUUAAGUGUGACAGACGCGCCGAAUGAGAAGUCUCCAAGCGGCUCCAAGGACGAGUUUGACAUGUUCGCGCAAUCUCGAAAUAUCACGUAUGAAUCUUCCAAAACUGGUGGAAGCAGUUAUGCGGACAACUUAGAGGAGCAGACAACAGCAGGAUUAGCAGCGGCGGCUAACACACGAGCGACCCAGCAACCCUUGCCAUCGGGAAUGGAUCAAAGGGAAAUCGAUGAGAUUUCAGCUUGGUUAGAACAAGAAAAGGCCGCCACAGAAGCCAACGCCGGACAUGAAAGUGUAACGAGCAGUGACUUCGAGAAGUUUCUGGCAGAGAGAGCUGCCGCAGCAGACAGCCUUCCUGACGCCAAUAACACAAAUAACACGCCCAGGCACCGACAGAUCAACAAGGAUCAAGAUUCGAUGUUCGCCCUAUAACAAUCCGGAUCGAAGGACUAGGUCUGUGACGUCACUCCCACCAUUAGACCUUUACGCCUCUAAGGCAUCUAUAAGCGAAAAUCGUUGAAGGCAAUAUGUCAUAUAUGUUUAUUGAAAAAAUUAUGAAUUUUAGGAGUGGCUGAUCUUUUAAAGGGUAAUUCGGACUGAGCUCUUUCAUAAACACUAAUAUAUUUAACUUAUUAUUUUCUCGCGUUUUGUCCUCAGUCCAGUUCCUGUUUAACGGGGCUCUUGUUGCCAUGGCAACGGGUAUCCUGUGGUUUUAUGAAUUUAAAUCGGUAGGAGUCGUUGAACUCUUAUUGUAUAUGUACCGGAAUAUGCACCUCCAUCUUAAUACAUAUUAAGAUUAAUUUUAAGAGAGCCUCCAUUUUUAAAUACACACAAGAAAAUGUUCAGUCUCCUUUGUAACCAGCUGUUUUUGAACUGUAUAUAGCGUUAUUGGACUCCGAGACUUUUAGGAUAAGAUUCAGAAAUGAGACUCGUAAGUUUCGUCAAAAAUAUAUUGGAUUUUGACAUAUGGAAGUGAGUGAUUUAAAUCUAGUUUCUGAGUCUCACCCUCAUUUUUCAAUCUAAAGUUCUCUUAUAGCACGAGUCUUAAGCUAUAAUCUCUUAUAAUUCAAUAUGUUUUUUUAUUGUACAAAAUACGAAACUGGAUAUACAUUUUUUCCGCUUUUAACUUAUUUAUUGCAUAAAAUUAUGAUAACAAUUAUUUUAAUCUAGUUAGUUAUAUUAUUUAGUUAAAAGAACAUUUGUGUAAUAAGUUCAACCUUCCGCCAUGUUUCCUAAAAUGUCUACCGAAAUCUCUGCACGAAACAUUUAAAAUCUAACAAACCUAAUAAUCUCUUCUUGAAUGGGAAACGUGAGCAGCGCUUCGUGAGCAUAUCUUUAACUGAACCAUACAAUUUGAAUAGAUAAUCAAUUAAUCCGAACUGUCAAAAGUGACUACGUAUUGACGUAUUCAACUAAAUGAUAGAAAUAUUGUACGGCUCUGUAAUUUAUGUAUACCGGAAAUAGAAUCGCAAUACAAAUACAAAGCACUAUGCCUUAAGUGUGGGACCUUUAUACAUGUUCUCAAUGCUAGCAAAGAUUUCUCGUAUAACAUUCGUGUAAAUUUAUUAGAUGUUUUGUUUAGUACACUUGUACUGAAUGGUCAACGUUGCCAUAACUUAAUUAAAAUACGAAAAAUAUUAUAUUUUAGUUGUGGCAACCCUGUCUCCUUUUUAUCUUCGCACCUAGAAGCUAGACAAUUAUAGCUUUCCGCGUCUCGUAGUCGGUAUAAAUAAGCUUACGAAACUUCAUACGCAUCUGCUUUAGUACGUACGUGUACACAAAAUGUGAUAUUUAAAUUUUUUAUUUAACCGUAGCUGACAUUUUUACUAAUGUAUUCACUUGAUUAUAUGUUUAAUUUAAAAAAUAAAAUCAUUUGUUGAAUUUUUAAUUCAACCACCAGAAACAACACGCAAUAGAUAAUUGAGGUUGAUACGGAACGCAAGCGAGAUUAAAAAAAUAUACUUAAUUUUAUUAUUAAACACAAUUACAGAUUUUGCGUGUAUGAGAUAAAAUAGUAAACCUUAUUUAUCUAUUUUGUGGCUGUUUUUUUAAUAAUGAAUAACUACUGUAUUCGCCUAGCCAUUCCAUCUCACUUAUUGUAAUUUGGUGUUAAUGUGAUAAACAUGGAACAAGCUUAAUGUUAAUAAUUUAAAAGAGUUAUUUUGUGUUUUAAUCGUUGUAUUUAAGAUAAUAAAUGAUAUGUGCGAAUUAAA